ACAGGCAUUGGUGUACAUGAUGUGUUUUCAGAAAUGAAACCAAAUGUCGCCUCAUACUCAAAAAGAAACACAAAAGAAAAGAAAACCUAGACGUCUUCUAAAAAAGGUCUCGGCAAUUCUCCUUGACGAUUAGACCGCCUGCGGUUGACGUAUCAAAGGGGAUGGAAUGGAGCUAAUCUAUGCUUGGUCAACAAAGGUGGGCCAAUUUUUUGUAUGUAGGCCUAAAUACGCGUAGCCGAAUCAUUUUCCAGGUAAGCUAUUUGCUGAAGACUCGAAAAUGCAACAAUGUUUACACUUACAUGUAGAUUAUAGCAUAGGAGGAGGCUAAGUGUCAUUGUCGCCUUUCAAAAGACAAGCUGGAUCAGGAACGCCCAUUGUAUAUAAAUUAAAGCCACGCUGCGCACGUUGGUCGAAAAGCAUUAAUAUACUUGGUUUUUGACGCUCACAAUUUGUCACCUAGGGCCUUGAUUGCUGGGGGUAACUGAAGCUGUGGUUACCAUGGCGGCACACUUUGACACAGAGUACCAGCGCCUAGAGGCUUCAUACAGCGACUCUCCUACCGGAGAGGAGAACCUACUGGUGCACAUACCUGAUGGAAACAAGUCCCCGUGGCACCACAUAGAGAACCUGGACCUGUUCUUCCAGAGGGUCUAUAACCUGCACCAGAAGAAUGGCUUCACCUGUAUGCUGCUGGGAGAGGUCUUUGAGCUGGUGUAAGUACACUGAGUGGUGUGGUUCACAGUCUUCUUGGCUAACUGUGUGGACUAUGACAUCUUCGCUAACAAGUUUGUCAACCACACCGACUCCUCCAAAGUCACGCUGCCUGACGCCUUCCUGCCUGUGGACGUCUGCAGCGCAAGUAUCCGUGACAACGUGGCAGUGAUGUUUGUGUUGAUAAUAUCUGGAGUGUUCUGGCUGCAUCGCCUCAUCAAGUUCAUAUACAACGUCUGCUGCUACUGGGAGAUACGCUCCUUCUACACCAACGCACUCAAGAUGAGCAUGGCAGAGCUGCCAUACUUCACAUGGCAGGAGGUUCAGGCCCGGAUCGUUGAGAUCCAGAAGGAACACCAGAUCUGUAUCCACAAGAAAGAACUCACAGAACUGGACAUAUACCACCGUAUCCUGCGCUUCAAAAACUACAUGGUUGCCAUGAUAAAUAAGUCCCUCCUUCCCGUGCGUUUCCACCCGCCACUGCUCGGGGAGAGUGUGUUUUACACCCGCGGCCUCAAGUACAACUUUGAACUCAUCUUCUUCUGGGGGCCAGGCUCUCUGUUUGAGAGUGAGUGGAGUUUGAAGCCGCAGUACAAGAGAGGUGGUAAUAGGUUGGAGCUGGCAGACAAACUGGCAUCACGUAUACUGUGGAUCGGCAUCGCCAACCUCUUACUCUGUCCUGUCGUACUGGUCUGGCAAAUACUGUAUGCCUUCUUCAGCUAUACAGAGGUGAUAAAGCGUGAGCCAGGUAGUUUGGGAGCGAGGUGUUGGUCUCUGUACGGUCGAUGUUACCUUCGCCACUUCAAUGAGCUGGACCACGAACUGAUGUCACGGCUCAGCAAGGGCUACAAAGCGUCCUCUAGGUAUAUGAACUGCUUCCUGUCCCCGUUGCUGACGGUGGUGGCUAAGAACGUGGCGUUUUUUGCUGGCUCCCUAUUGGCUGUCCUCAUUGCUCUGACCAUCUACGACGAAGACGUCCUCGCCGUGGAACACGUCCUGUCAUCCAUCACCCUGCUGGGAGUGUGUAUCACUGUCUGCAGGUCUUUUAUCCCAGAUAAACACCUGGUUUACUGUCCAGAGCAGCUGCUCAGGGUGAUUCUGGCUCACAUCCACUACAUGCCAGACCACUGGCAGGGCAACGCUCAUCGCUACGAGACACGAGACCAGUUCUCACAGCUCUUCCAGUACAAGGCUGUGUUUAUCCUAGAGGAGCUGAUCAGCCCCCUGGUGACUCCCUUCAUCCUGAUCUUCAGUCUGAGGAGGAAGUCUCUGGAGAUCAUUGACUUCUUCAGGAACUUCUCCGUGGAGGUGGUAGGGGUGGGAGACACCUGCUCCUUCGCCAGAUGGAACAUCAGACAGCACGGAACCCCGCGGCUCCAUAAGCAGCAGUCUGGAGGGGAGUUGUCGCACACCUGGCACAGGCAGGACAGUGACGACAGUAGUGACAGUGUCACCGAGGAGGGGGGUUCAGGGGAGACACACCUUUCCUAUCUCCACCCCAUUCUCCACCCCUGCCCUAUCCCCAGCUCUAACUCGGGCCCUAACCCUGACCGAGGUACCACCCCGGGGCAGGAAGUGACACCACUCCAGAGCAACACCAGCGUCGCUACGGGAAACACAGACUCUGUCGGCCCGGGGGGCAGAGUGGUGAGGUCGGCGCGUGUGCCUAUGGGGGGUUGGGCAGAGGAGGGACUUGGAGGCCGACACCCCGACACUGUACCUGAGGAGGGCUCAGAGGACGACAUGCCUCCCAACAUACACAAGGUGACGUAACUGACCAGAGAGACCCCUCCCUCCUUCGCAAACACAUCACACAUCCUCAUCCUACCAGAGAAGAACUUCCUGCUCAUCUGUGAACUUUCGACCAUGGCUUCACCUUUGACCCCAGAUGGUUAGACCUGUGGGAUAACAGCAUGCUGUGUUAUUCACUCUGGGCUAUAGAGAAAAACAAUCGAGUAACAGUGUGAAGAUUACAAGGACUUUUUCUUGACACCCUCCUUGAAUGACACUUUAGCCAAUCAAGUGACGGUGGUUGAUGACUUCAUCAUAACUGACAACAUGGAACCCGUAGCAUAUUUAUCGGCUUUUAUAGUUGCCUCCUAGACACUAAUCUAAGGUCAGCUUUCUGGUUUCUCUCCAUAAUGGUUAAGGUUAGGAUUUAGGGAGGGUAAGCUGAUCCUAGAUCUGUGCCUAAGGGCAACUUCUAUCCAGAAAUAACUUUUUCUUGCAUUCAUUUGCAAAUCAGGUGUGGGUGUAAACUGCCAGUAAUGUACCUUUUUUUWAAGAUUUAGUAGUUUGUCAUUAUUUUUUUAUUCUUUGUGUUGCUUAUAUUUAUUGCACUUUCAGAGAAAAAUUAUGUUCUAUAUAUAUAUAUGACAGGAGAGCAGACUUCCACCGAAGUAUGACUGCACUGGCACUAGGAAUCCUUUUGGGAUUGGGCGGUUGAUUGGUCUGUUAAGAGGUCUUUGUACAAUCUUGUUGUACAAAGACCUCAUAGACAUGAAGCAGGCACUAAACCGAUAUACACCGUGUGCAUAGACAUACUGGUAGGAAUCAAAUCAGGACGUUGGACUAUUCUAAGUAUAUCAUUGAGGUGUAGAUAGUUAAUAAAUAGAGAUAUACAAUAAACACAUAAUAAUUCUUGUUUUUGUGUCAUACAAACAAUCUUUUAAAUGAAAGAAAACACAUUUACGGGCUGGUUGGAACAUGUAACUUCAGCCUCUUCCGUGCCAUAUUUAAGCGCUUAAAGCGGCAAUCCACAGUUGAAAUGAUAACAAAGCACCCCCCACCACUAUUUCAGUAAAAGGUUGAAGGAUGGGGCUGGAGAAAUGUAACCACACUCAAAUUCAUAGACAGAGCUGUGGAUGCAAGGACUGAACAUCCAUUCCGUUUUAACCAUGUUUUGAGGCUAUACAGUGUUUUUUGACAUUUACAAAUKUAUAUUUUGGCUUCUGAUGGGGUACGACAGUUGAACUAAGCUCAUGGGGCAUUUACAACGAAUACUCUCCAAGAAUCAAUGGGUUUAUAUCCAAAAUGGACAUGUCCAAAAAUGUAUAUAGUAACUGCAGAUUGCCCCUUUAAGCACAACCAUCCCAUAACUAUACAGCAAUGAACCUUCAAUCAACACUAACAGCUGGAUAGAAUAGUCAGCAUCAGGCCAACUGCAUGUUUUUUCUGCCCAACUGUCUGGGGAAGAAAGAGAAUGCACCUUAUUGACUUUUAUUAAAUCCAAAGGAUGUCACUUAUCAUUGUCAGUAUAUUAAUUUUGAUCAGUUCAUAUUUGCAUGACUUUAUUUUAACCAGGGCUUGUGCCACCGUCAUAGAGUUGAGGUUGAGAUGCAUGGKGAUUUACAAGUGUUUUGUUUUUGUGGUUCACACUGACUCUGKACUCACAAGUAGACUUGCCUGGUCCCAGAUCUGUUUUAAGUGCUGUAUAACCAGCCCCCAUAUGGUCGACCAUGCAGCACUAACAGAUCUGGGACCAGGCUAAAGAUGACAGAUGCUKCCAAUAGAUACAGUCAGAGACUCUACAGCUGGGURUUCAUUUCUAGAAGGCAAGGUCUGCAGCGCUGCUCGCUUUAUUGAUUGAUAUAUUCAUGUAAUUGAGUGGCCAGMCACAGAGUCCAAUCUGAAUCAGACCCUGGAUAAAAAUAGAAGGCAGAUGUGGAGGAAUGGAUUUGAAUAAUGUAAAGGGUCUCCUGGGACACAGUGGUACAAGUUUAACAACAAGGUACUAGGAUGCCUGAGCUGACACAUAUAGCCUAUCUGUUUUUGUUUUUAUAGAUUGUCCUGUAAAUUGCCAUUUUAUACAGUUGUAAAUCAUCAAUAAAAAUGUAUUUAAUAACUUUUAUGUAA